GUCUAUAGCGCGCCGGAGACGCAGUUUGCGCACGCAGUCCUGUGAGGCAGCCCGGUAGGCUGCGCCAUCUGAGCCGGUGCCGUUACUGGAUUGCUCAACGAGUGUGUCACCAGGAGGCAGGACUGGUCGGGCGGAGUGUUUGAGCUCAGCGCUCCACAUCACAGGAGCUCACUCACCCUCAACCUCCCUGAGAGAGUGAGGCAGUCCCUCUCCCUCUUUCUGUCUGUCUGUUUCUCUCUGAGCGCAGAGGGAUCGGGGGGGAUUUCUCACCAGAAGGACUCAGACAAACGCGACCCACUCUUUCGAGGAGGACGUGGGCUGGAUUAUAUUAUUAGCUUGCCAAGAAAAUAAAAACCGCUGAAGUUUUAUUUGUGUGCCAAGUGGAGCUAACUCUAACAAAUGGAGCGCACAGGUUGACCACAGAAGGACGCGUACUGUACAAGACUUUGCUUCUAUCUUUUUUUCCUCAAAUUUUAUUUGUACUUUUAUGGUAAAUCGUGCUAUCAAGAUGAACUUGCAGAAGAUGAACUUGCAGUGGAGCAGCCCGGCACCCUGCAUCCGGAGAGUCGCGCACAAGCGGCUGGACUCAGACGAUCAACCGCCAGCCAAAUGCGCACGGCUGUGCGUCGAGGCGGGGGACGCGCAGGGACUCCUCAGCUCGUCACCCGGGUCUCCGGUCAGCCCUGUGACAAAAACUGUCCCGUCGACCCACCAAGGGCCCUCAAGAAUAGGACAUUUUCUGCUUCUACCUCUGGCGGACCGGGACAGCAUGUACAGCGCGAUGAACACCGAUACUGGUGAUGAGCUGCUGUGUAAGGUGUAUGACAUGGGAUUGUACCAGGAGAAGAUCAGGGCUUAUGGCAUUUUGCCUGCUCACAGGAACGUGGCUGGCAUCAAGGACAUCAUCCUCGGGGAAAGGAAGGCAUACGUCUUCCUAGAAAAAGACUUUGGGGACAUGCAUACUCUGGUGAAGAGCAGUCGCCGGUUGGACGAGGAGCAGGCGUGCAGGGUUUUUCGCCAGGUGGCCCAGGCGGUGGCACAUUGCCACCAGGCAGGCGUUGUGCUGGGUGACCUAAAGCUGCGCAAGUUUGUCUUCGCAAAUGAGAAAAGGACUCAUGUGAAGCUAGAAAGCCUGGAGGAUUGUCGCGUCCUGGAGGACCCCGAUAAUGACUCCAUGUCGGACACCCACGGCUGCCCCGCCUACGUCAGCCCGGAGAUCCUCAGCGGCUCCACGCCCUAUUCUGGCAAAAUGGCCGACAUGUGGAGUCUUGGGGUCAUGCUGUACACCAUGCUGGUGGGCCGCUACCCCUUCCACGACCCGGACCCCGCCAUGCUGUUUUCCAAAAUCCGCAGAGGCCAGUGCUGUUUUCCAGAAGGCCUGUCGCCCAAGGCCAAGUGUCUGCUCCAAAACCUGCUGAGGAAAGACCCCACAGAGAGACUCACCGCCACCGAGCUGCAGGCUCACCCGUGGUUCCACCUGCAGUCCCCAGACAUGCCGCUGGGGGAACACGAAGCGAGCUCGGCAGAACAAACUGUGCCGUCUUUCGAUGCAGAAGAGGAUGACGGUCUGUUCUGCUGAGGAACCCGAUUGAGGGUCUGACUGGAGGACCAAAACAAAGCUUGCUUUGAAGGACUUAGUUGUUUUUGUACAUUGGCACUUUUUAGAAACUUUUCUCGUGGACUGUUGUGUGUGUACAUACAUCCUCAUGCUUUCUAAAAAAAAAAAAAAAUGACUGUACUGUAUUUUGUGGCUGCAAACAUGUUACUUGGGCAUUGCUCACAAUGAUCAGUCAUUGUGUUUUCUUUAAAAAAAAAAAAUGGUGCUAAGAGGAACUGCAGUGACUCAGUAUCAUUAGAAUAUGUUGAAAGAUUAUUGCCUGCAGGCUGCUGCGACCAUGAUUUGAAAACAUGGCAGUCUUUCGAAGAUGCUCAGAAGGCCCUAUAACUAAAAAACUUCCAAACCGUUUGCUGAAUCUCCAGCAGGAUGCAGGCUAGCAAACCAGUUUGUUGUUCCUCUCACUUUGUGACCAAGCUCCGCCGGCUGACUCACCACUUUGACUUGAGGACAGGCCAAGCACGAGCUUGGUGUCUUGAAGCAGACAGUGACACCGUGAGAACGACUGUUAGCAGAAGACUGAUGUGUCACACUCAGUGUGCCACUAUGGAUGCUACUCACCGCCAAUCUGGAACCAUCUCAGGAAACGGAGAGCAUUCACAAAUCUUGCACCGAGUGCAGAAGGUUGAGAGAGGCAGGCUGUCGCUGGUGUAAGACUUGCAAAGAAAAAAAAAAGGAAAAAAGUCAUAAGCCAAAAGAAUAGUGACAUUAGGGGCCCUUUUAAAAGGGAAAUUAGUAUUUUUAAUUUGACAAAGCUAAUCCAUAAACCACGCUGCAAGCUACAUUUCUCACUUGGGAAAUGUUUCCCUCAAGGAAUUUGAGUAGAAAAACCUGUUAGCAACACAUAAACUGACCGCUAAUUCUUUGGCUUCAGGUGUUAAGCUACGCUCACUCCGCCCUCUGCAACUCUCUGCAAUACCCUCUCAAGCGACCCCUCUCAAUGAAAAGUCUACGUGCGUUUUGUGCUUCUACGUCCAAAGCUCUCGCCUUCAAGCCUCGCUGCACAAGUUUUUACGACCUUUUUCAGGCUCUAUGUACAAAACAAGGGUCCAUUAAACACGGUAAAAGUUAAACCAGGUGGAACUUUGACCAAUCAGGGACUCAGUACGGAUGGAUGGCGUCCCUUUAAAUUCAUGGAAGGAAAGGAACCGUUUGAAAAUUGAUCGUGGAGGAGGAAUUAGUGUCCAGCCAGAAUCAUGUGACACCAAGUCUUUCAUAUAUCGGAAUAGGCCUGUUCCAGAACAUGCGUCAAGUCCGGUGUGAACUUAGCAUUAGAUGUAAAUCCAAAAGCAUCACCAGUCAACCUCUCUAACCUAGUCUUUGCCAGCCCUUACAUCGGCGUCACUGAAACGGGUGCAAAUUUAUAAUUACUGUUAAAAAAAUGAAAUGGAAAAGUUCAUCCUGUUGUGUUCAUUUCUUCUGGAGCAUCAGGACGUCUGCUGGCCAUCGGGCCUGCAUCUCUCCGUUUCAUAAAGAAUGAGUGGGGCGUAGUCAGGCGUUUAUUUUUUUUUUCCUUUUUUGAUGUUAGCUGUCUGUUUAUGACUCAGCGCCUGAGCGUGUCUGUAGAGAUUGUCAUCAGUCCUGUCUAACUUUUUCACUUCUUAAAUGAUGCUUGUUUUUCCCUUUCUCUUUUCUUUCGUCUUAAAAUAUUUGGGUCCAUUGAGACUAGGAACAGUUGGUGACAGGAAGUUCUAAGCUUUAUAACAAAUCCUGUUCUGUUUGUGACAAGAGGACAAUGAGUUACAGAGCAACUGUAGGUUUUUAUCUCAUAAAUUAUCAUGAUUGUGGUACUAAAUCUAGUAUGUCUAAGAAUCUGUGUGUAUGAAAUCCAGCUUGGAUCCUCUUUUAUGUAAUUAAUUCCUCCUAUUUUGUAGAGACCUUGUGGCCAAUUUCAAUAAUAGAAAGUUAUUGGAGGAUUCAUGCCAGAAGAAAGAGUCACACAAGUCAUGUGAUCUGUAAACCAAACUGACAUGGGUGCACGAUUUUCACAUUGCACUGUGAAUUGUGUUUUUGUGACACAGCCUCGAGGCUCAAAUGAGGCCGCACAGGUUACACUUAGUGCACAAAACGUGUAAAUAUGUAUACUUGAAAUCCAUGUGGAGAUGCUGAAUAAAGAUCCCAGGUUUUGAUA